AGAACCCAUGUGACCUUUUUACCUUCACAAUCGUUUCCACAAUCGUUUCCGACUUUCGUUAAACCGUUAAACAUGGAUUCAAGACAUGUCUCCGAGAGGAGUUCCCCAGACUCUUCGCCUUGUAUCUCAUGUCCCUCUACUCCAGCAACACAUCCAGACGAAUUAUUCGAUGACGCCUCCUUCCUCUCUGACAACGAGCAAUUCGUCCUCGUCACCGGCGGUCUUGGGUUCAUUGGCAGUCACACAGUGCUCGAAUUAUUGAUCUCCGGCUAUAAUGUAAUCAUCGUCGACGACCUAAGCAACAGCUUCCACGAAGUCUUCACACGAAUCCUCACCAUCGCAAACCGUCACUUCCUCACCAUCGGCGGGCAUUGCCCAAAAGCUGAAUUCCACAACCUUUCAUACCGAGACCUAGCAUCUAUGCGCGCGCUCCUCAAAUCCCACUGCCCAUACUCUCUCCCAGGUGCUCAAAGACCCUCAAACAUCAUCGGCGUCAUCCACUUCGCCGCAUACAAAGCAGUAGAAGAGAGUAUCCAACAACCGCUAAAAUACUACCAGAACAACAUCAAUGGACUCGUCGACUUUAUGACCUUGCUGGACGAGUUUGAUAUCAAGACUUUUAUUUUCUCAUCUUCUGCGUCGGUGUAUGGGACGUUGGCUGAUGGGAUCUCUCUUCUGAGAGAGGAGCAUUGUGUACAUGAAAACUUGACAUAUCGGGAUAGCGAUGGUGUGGGAAAAUGUGCUCAACAAGGCUGCACGGGAAUAACCAAUCCAUAUGGGAGGACCAAAUUCUUUGGCGAAGCAAUACUCUCUGAUCUUGCGAAGUCAGAUCCUUCGUGGAAUAUUGUGGGACUUCGGUAUUUCAACCCCGUCGGCUGCGAUGCCUCUGGCUUGUUGGGCGAAGACCCAAAAGGUGUUCCGUCGAACUUGCUACCUGUUACUGUCAAAGUCAUGACGGGACAAAUUCCAGAAUUAGCGGUAUAUGGAGGAGACUGGGAUACGCCUGAUGGAACGACGGUGAGGGAUUUCAUCCACGUGACGGAUUUAGCACGGGGCCACAUUGCAGCAUUGGCGGCGACUAAUAAUGGGAAUAUCAAGGGAGGUUACCGUGCUUUUAAUUUGGGAACUGGGACGGGGUAUUCGGUGCUGGAGGUUGUGGCCGCUAUGGAGUCUGUUUCGCAAAGACCUGUUCCGAGGAGGGUAGUUAGUAGGAGGGCGGGCGAUGUGCAGUGCUCUGUGGCCGCAGUUGAGAGGGCGAGAAAAGAGUUGGGAUGGGAGACGAAAAAGACGUUGAGGGAUGCGUGUGAGGAUAUGUGGCAUUAUUUGAAACAUGGUGGAGAAACGGGUUGAUUGGGGAAUAGACUUGGUCCAUCACUGGAAGAAAGAUGAGAGUUUAGAAGUAUUCCGUGGUACAUAGGUGCAUGUACACGUCAACAGAAUGCGACGCCAUGAUUGACGACGAUCAUGAUUUAGAGAGGUUUUGAAAAGAAGGUCUAGGUAAUUUUUAGUAGAUGAUUGCGCUCGGGACUCGGGAGGAUGGAAACUUAGAGGAGGCAAAAUAAUAUAUGUAUAUAUAUUUACACUCAGAUAUCUCAUGAAAAUUUUAGAAUAUGAAAUCACAGUUUCCCG